CUGAAUUUAACUCCGGCCAGGGUUUGAUGUGUUUUUAUCAAGAAUUUGACCCGGAGCCUAGAACUAAUAUUGACGGGGAUACUGCAGGGGAUAUUAGGACGGUCUCGGAUUUUAAUUCGGGGUUCGUUCGUGAAAUUGACGUUUUAGUACGGGGAGGUUAAACCGGUGUUUGAACGACCAGAACUGGUGAGGGAUUAGCACGGCAUACCGGGUUUGUCGUAUCACGAUAAUUAUAUUGAUGCUGAGAAUUGAUCUAGGUGAACUAGAAUGGCAUGAUUAGGGGGUGUAUGAACUUUUGUGCUAUACGUUGAACCCUGGAUUGCUGUAUGAUAUUAUUGACUUGCCCUAAUCGAUAUGAACCUUGUUUAUGCUGAUGAUUAUGUAUAUGUUACAAAUUGUGGGCUUGACUAUUAAUAUGCUUUACGAUGGUUCGAGAAGGUGAUUAGGUAUGAUUUUUCAUGAUUGUUGUAUUUGGAUGCACAAGUGGGAAAAUAUAUAUUCCCUGGUGAUAUUAUGAUGUUUAAGGAGGAUGACUUGCACGAGGGUUCAUCCCGAGGAAGUGCAAUUAUACGACUCCUGAUUUACCUAUGUUGAGCCAAUUAUGGCCAGGUCAAGUACAUGUGUAAGUAAUGAAUUAUGGUUAAGCAAGAUGAGAUAUGAAUCAUGUACAAGGAUACCAAAUAUGAAUGUUGUGGUCUCACGGUCAAUUACGUAGUAAUUAGGGCUCCCUAUGCUAUUACUCUAUUAUGAUAUGUAUGAUAGUCACACCUCUCAUGUGGUGGUGACUGAAGAAUUCUUAUGAGAUAUGACCACACCCAGAGCGGUGUCGGGGUAUGACUACACCCAUACUGGUGUGGGGUAUGUAUGACCACAUCCGACGGGAUGUUGGGGUAUGUAUGACUACAUCCGAAGGGAUGUGGGGUAUGUUUCCCGGGAGAGUUAUUAGCAUGGGAGUAGCCAGGCGCCUAUAAGUAAAACAUGAUAAGAUGCAUAUGCAUAAGUCAAGGUGGUUGAGUCUUUUGCCUAUUGGGAUGUCGGAGGGCUGAGAUCUGAUCCUAGUGCUUUGGCUUGUUUGCUAGAUGUAUGGUAGGGGUAUGCUCUGUUAUGAACUCACGAUGCUAUGAUUAUCUCACUCAGCUAUGAGCUGACCCUCUUUUAUUCUUCUUCUCUGCUUAUGCUAUGUGUAAGCAGAUCAUCAGCAGCAGCAGUAGAUAGGUGUAUAGGUAGGAGCUGAGCAAGAGUUGAAGGCAAGAUGAGGUAUGGUCUUCAACUACUCUGUGGGAGGUUAAACACUCCUAAGGAGGGGAGUACCCCAUAAUGACUUAAACUGGGAAUUGAGUUUGACAUGAUUAUGUGUAUUGGUAUAUUGGAUGAAAUUACCUGCAUCAUGGUGUUCAAAAUGAGUUUUGAACUUAUUUGUUUUCAAGUAAUUAUUUUGGGAAAAUUUUUGUUUUAACCAAGUGAGAGAUUUGGUGAAGAAUGAAUUUUGUGUGGAUCAAUCUAAGGCCAAUAUUUCCUUGUAGCUUGCACGGAAGUUGUGAAAAUGUUCCUACUAACCAGUCGAGAGGAGUGGGGGCGGUUGAUGCAAGACCGUCAGUAUUAGACUAUGCAAAGAUGAAGAGUUUGGGUGGUAGGGACUUCAAGGGAGAUGUGAGCCCAGAUGCUGUGGUUGAGUGGUUGAGGGAGAUGGAAGAUGUGUUUGAAUAUCUUUAUGCGACCCCAGAGGAAAAAGUACAAUAUGUUGUUUUUCUCCUUAAGGGGUACGCGAGGAGCUGGUGGUCCUCAGUCUCUAGAGUUAAUGGUGAACGAGUUCAGUUCACCUGGGAGGAGUUCCUGAAGGCCUUUAAGACAGAGUUUCUUCCCGAAGCUUUUAUAAGGGCAAAGAAUAAUGAAUUCGCCAACCUUAAGCAGGAGAACAUGACAGUUACUGAGUACACCAUCAAGUUUGUUCGACUACUUUACUUUGAAGAUGGGUUGGCGGAUACUGAGCAUAAGAAGAAGAUGAGAUACUUGCAUGGUCUGCGCAUAGGAUUGAAAGAAAAGAUCCACAGGGUUGAUGAAGAGAGCAUGGCCACAAUCAAGGAGGCAGCACUUAAAUAUGAAGCCUAUGAAGUUGAGAGCCGAGAGGAACACAAGGCCAAAGAAGAGGAGAAGAAGAGGAAGUUUGGAGUAAAUUAUGCUGGACCUUGUUACCCACCCAGGAGAGGUCCUAGCAGUUUUGGGAGAACACAGAGUCAAUCUAUGUCGGGAACAUCAUACAGGCACCAAUUUCCUCAGCCACACAAUUUCCAUUUUGUCAAGUUUGUUAGAAGAGGCAUCCUGGAGAGUGUAGGAGAUUUUCUGGUGUAUGCUUUCACUGUGGCCAACCUGGGCACAUCAUGAGGGAUUGCCCGCAUUCGAGAGAAGUAAGAGCUACACAGUCCGAGCCUUCAGUGCAAUUUAGUAGAGCCCCAUUCAGGGGCGGUUACCAGGGAGGCCGUAGUGGAUUUCAGAGUGGUCGUGGUGGUUCACAGGGUGGUAGAGGUGGUGGUCGAAAUCAACCAUCAGGAAGUGGUACGCAGGGUACCAGAGCACAGGGAGCAUCGAGGGUUUAUGCAAUGACUCGAGGUGAGGCAGAAGUGGCACCAGAAGUUGUGACUGGUAUGCUUUCUAUCCUUGGCAAGCAAUUAUAUGCUUUGAUCGAUACUGGUUCCUCUCACUCAUUCAUGUCAUAUACGUUUGCACAUAUGCUACGCUUAGUUCCAGAUAAGCUAGGUUAUACCUUAUGUGUUAAAACACCUGUGGGAGAUACCUUGAAGGUAGACUCAGUUAUUAGAAGCUCCUUCAUUUGUGUGGAAGGAGCUUUCCUAGUAGCAGAUUUAAUUCUGCUACCUUUUGAUGAAUUUGAUGUCAUCCUUGGAAUGGACUUUCUGGCAACACAUGGAGCUGUUGUGGAUUGUUGUAUUUGGAUGCACAAGUGGGAAAAUAUAUAUUCCCUGGUGAUAUUAUGAUGUUUAAGGAGGAUGACUUGCACGAGGGUUCAUCCCGAGGAAGUGCAAUUAUACGACUCCUGAUUUACCUAUGUUGAGCCAAUUAUGGCCAGGUCAAGUACAUGUGUAAGUAAUGAAUUAUGGUUAAGCAAGAUGAGAUAUGAAUCAUGUACAAGGAUACCAAAUAUGAAUGUUGUGGUCUCACGGUCAAUUACGUAGUAAUUAGGGCUCCCUAUGCUAUUACUCUAUUAUGAUAUGUAUGAUAGUCACACCUCUCAUGUGGUGGUGACUGAAGAAUUCUUAUGAGAUAUGACCACACCCAGAGCGGUGUCGGGGUAUGACUACACCCAUACUGGUGUGGGGUAUGUAUGACCACAUCCGACGGGAUGUUGGGGUAUGUAUGACUACAUCCGAAGGGAUGUGGGGUAUGUUUCCCGGGAGAGUUAUUAGCAUGGGAGUAGCCAGGCGCCUAUAAGUAAAACAUGAUAAGAUGCAUAUGCAUAAGUCAAGGUGGUUGAGUCUUUUGCCUAUUGGGAUGUCGGAGGGCUGAGAUCUGAUCCUAGUGCUUUGGCUUGUUUGCUAGAUGUAUGGUAGGGGUAUGCUCUGUUAUGAACUCACGAUGCUAUGAUUAUCUCACUCAGCUAUGAGCUGACCCUCUUUUAUUCUUCUUCUCUGCUUAUGCUAUGUGUAAGCAGAUCAUCAGCAGCAGCAGUAGAUAGGUGUAUAGGUAGGAGCUGAGCAAGAGUUGAAGGCAAGAUGAGGUAUGGUCUUCAACUACUCUGUGCUUGGACUACUACUCGGGAUUUUGGCCAGUGAUCCACACCUUUUUGUAAAAAUGUUUUGAGAACAUUUUCAUGUGCAUACUAGCUUCGAAUGUAGUGUGAGAUAUCCACAGGUGUGGAAAGUUGAUGAUAUGUGUAUAUUUUUGUAAUUGGGUAAGUUAUGACGAUUAUGGCUUGUAUUAGUAUGGUAUGCAGUUGUGUAGUAUGAAACUGUGACUAUGGCUAUGAAAAGCCAAUGCAUAUGGUUGUGAGUAUAUAUGUUUGUGAUGAAUUAUUUUGCAGGAUAAGUUGCAAGAACUGUUAGCCCAUUACGCGAGUAAUUCAUGUCGAAAUUUUAUUUUGGUAAUUUUUGAUAAUUAAUGUAACACCCGAGAUUAUUUCCGCUGCAAUUGUAUGAACAAUAUGAUUAGGCAAAACGUAUAGGGUAGGUUGUUACAAUGUUGACAUUGAGAUGCAGUUUCUUGAUGAUUUGAGUACAAUUUUAUGUACAUGUUGUGAAGUAGAGUAAUUUUGAUUACAUAAAUACAUACUCUGCAGUAUAUAUAUGAAUGUGUAUUAUAUAAUCAUAUGCUAUGGGAAUGGGUUGUAUGCCCAUAUUUAUUUUAAAGAAGUACUAUCUGUCAGUACUAAGUAAACCAGAUCCAUGCCAAUUAGAAUGGUGCCCUUCGUGGUAACCAAAAGAUAGUAGGUCAAUCCUCUUAGAAUGACAUUUUAUUUCUUUGCUAUAGUUGCAAGAAAUUAGGUCAUAUGACACGAAAGUGUAUGAACAAGGAUAACACUGGUUCAAGUGUUAACUUGCCUAAAGAGGAGGAUUGGAGGCUGUGAUGAUUGUGAAAAGAGCAGAGUUUAACCUUGAUGGUAACUCUGACGAAUAGUGGUUGGAUGAUCAUGAGAGUAUGCAUAUGAUGAUGUGGUUAAUUUUAAAAUCCAAGGUUGAGUAUGCAUAUAGAGGAAAGUUGAUUGACAGGGUCAUUACUAGAGAUUCCCUUAUGGGAAAGACCGAUCCCUCUGGUAGUUGAUUCAUUGUGAUAGCAACCCAGCUAUUGCAAAAGAAGGGAACCGGUUCUAGAACGAAAAGAGAAGACAAAUUCAUCGUAAGCACAGUACUAUAAGAGAACUCCUAACGAUAGGAGCAAUGAGGGUGGAUCAUGUAAGAUCCUAACAGAAUCUAGCUGAUCCUUUGACAAAAGGAUUAUCUAGAGAGAAAAGUCCAAAAUACCACGAAGGUAUGAGACUUAUGCCUACUGAACCACGGACUACAAGUGAUGGUAACACGACCCAAUAGACUGGAGAUCCCAAGAAAUGGGUUCAAUGGGUAAUAACAAGUCAUGAGUAGUAUGCGAAAAGUUCAUGCAUAGUGAAGCAUGAAUCCCAAAGCAAUGGAGGUUGAGCUAACAACUCUUAAUGAGAUCUAUACCCUAUGUGGGGUGGAGUACUUUACUUUGAGGGUACUUCUGAUAGACUCACCUAUGUGAAUGUGGGAGUUGGGCCGCUCCCUAUGGAACUUUGGAGGCACAAAGUUGCUAGAGCGUUCACUAAACCGGGAUAACGUGCAUGACCAUAAACGCACGGCCUAUGAGAGAAUAUCACUCAAUGAAAAGAUCCGGUGUGC